AUGAAGCGAGCCGGGCCGCUGCGGCGGGUGUCGGAGUGGAGCCGUGGCGGCGGCGGGCUGCAGGAGCUGCUGAGCCCGGGCGGCGAGCCCAGCCGCGUCCUGCCCAGCCCCGACGGCGGGCACCUGGUGGUGCAGCGGGGCGGCCGGCUGCUGGCCUUCCAGCGCCGCGGCAGCCUCGGCGCCGAGCUGCGGAGGAGCUGGCAGCCGCCGGCGAGCCGGGAGGCUCUGGUGGGGCUGCUGUUCCCGCAGAGCCCGCGGGUGCCGGGCGGCUGGGCGCUGGCCGUCGUGUGGGAGCGCGGCCGCGCCGAGCUGUGGCGCUUCGCGGCGGGCUGGCAGCCGCUGCAGGCCGUGGAGCUCUGCCAGGGCGCCCGGGCGCGCGUGGCGUCCGUGUGCUGCCAGGGGGAGCGGCUGGUGUGGUGCGAGGAGAGGCCCCCCUCGGACGGCCACUCGGACGCCAGCAAGGGCGCCUUCAGGUUCUGCGUCUGCGCCCGGGCGCUGGAGGUGGAGGAGCAGGGCGUGAGGCUGGGCCCCGUGAGGAUCGUCCUGCACAACAGCCCCGAGUACCGCGUCCUGGCGGCCCCGCGGCACGUCUUCAUGCUGCCCGCCUCCGCCGGCUCCGCCGCCGCCACCUCGAAGUUCCUCCUCAUCUGGCACCCCAAGGAGGCGAAGCUCACCGUCGCGGCCCCCUCGGCGGGCUUUGCGCGCAGCAAGGUGCUGCAGUCCAGCAGCGAGUCGGACUUCAGGAAGCUGCUGCUCAGCUCUGUGGGCCUCCUCUCGGCUCUGGCACCCCUGGACGUUCACAGCUGCGCCGUGUCCGACCGCGGGGCUCUGCUGCUGGUGAGCACCGAGGGUGCUGUGAGCGUGGUAGAGACAGAUGGGACACAGAGACACGUCUUUGAUCUAGAAGGAGGCCCCCUGGCCCAGGAAAAUACUGUUCAAAUGAAAACCUUUGGCAGCACCCUGGCUUGCGUGCUGGCCGGGGUCCUGUACCUCGUCGACCAGAACAGUGGGAGGCUCAUAGAAAAGAAAAUCCUGAGCAUGAAAGAGGUGCAUUUCCUGGAGUCCCCAGGAGAGGAGGACAGCAUCCAGCUCCUCACUCAAACGGGCAUCUACAGCCUUAGCUUCUCCAGCCCUGAGGACAGCGGCAGGGCCGAGCCGUGCCUGGUGGAAAUGGUGUUUGAGGAGGCCUGCCGGUACUACCAGAGGAGGAGCCUCAGCAGCUCCAAGCUGACGGUGGAGAAGUUGAAGAAGGGCGGUGCGUUCCAGGCUCCCGUGGCUCUCGCUGCCAUCCUGCAGCACAGCCUCCACCAGAAGCAGAAACCAGCCCGAGGCCUCCAGGACACUUAUGCCAAGCUGCUGAGCACAAUGAGCCUCGAGCUGCAGAGCUACCUGAGCCUGGAGCUCCUCAAGACCUGCGUGGUGGGUGCCCCAGAGAACGAGGUGGAAAGUUACUGUGAGGAACUGGUGGAACAGGAGGUCAGCCGCGUGCUGCACUCUGACAUAGACAAGGACAACUUGGCCUACCUGAACUCAGUCUUUGCCUCCUUCCCCAAGGCUGCCUGGAAGGCCACGAGGAGCUGCCUGCAGCUGCAGCAGAACGGGGACGGCCUUUUGGUGGCCAGGGCCACCCCAGAGGUGUGGAAGAAGGUCCUGGGAGGACCGCAGCAGCAGGAGGAGGCGGGUCAGAACGGCGUGGUCCCGCUCUUUGAGCUCAUCUGCGCCUCCUUCCUGAGGUUCAAACCCAAGUGGCUGCCCAGUUUCGUGGAGCUGACCCAGCAGUACGUUAGCCUCUCUUGGGCGUACAGCAGCAAGGAGGGCCCGGAGGGCCGGGUGCCGCUGUACAAGAGAGCUCUGGGAGUGCUGGCCAGGAAAAGCAAGCGCAGCGAGGUGGACGACGAGAUGGAGCUCGAACUGCUGCUCUGCAGCAAGAGGCCGAAGGCCGUGCUGCAGGCUCUGCACCUUCUCAUCCGCCUGAAGCGGUGGCAGCGGGUGGUGGAGGUGGCGGAGAAGUUCUCCAAGCUCAGUCCCUUGCUUAACAAGGAGAUAUUUACCACGCUGCUGGCAGAGUUCGCCCAGCACCGCGAGCUGGACCCUUACGUGGACACGCUGUGGCCGCUGUGCCCUGCUGAGCUCACUGCCUCGGACAUCCUCACCGUGGUCCUGCAGCACCUCCCUCGCACCCAGGAGGACCCGGUGCCUUUCUCGAGCGAGGGGAACCAGCUGACUGUGGGCUUGCUCAAGCCGCUGCUGCAAAGGGUUGUGCAGCGUCCCUGCGUGCAGGACGAGAUGUACUCGGAUGCCUUGCAGAGCCCCACAUUCCCCCCUCCUGCCCCACCCCGAGAGCACAAGAACCCCCAAAAAGCAGCGGUCGGCGAUGCUCCCCAGCCACCCGUGGCAAGGACUUCCUCUCCCUCGGCGCUGGUACAGGGUGACACCGUGUGAGGGGGGGGGAAGCACGACGGGGUCUCAACCCCUGGGUGCGCGAGAAAGGGAAAGCCACAUCCUCCCCUGGAAAUCCUGCCCUGCCUGGCAGUGGGGAAGCCUGCUCCUGUUUGAAGCCUCCCUGCAGCAGCAUCUCAAAGAUUCCUUCGGGGGGCUGGAGCUGGGGUGUCCCACCUGAGGCCAGGGCAGGCGUUCUGGCUGUUUAUAGCAAGUGCAAUUUGUCUGUGCCCCAGUGGAGGAGCAAAUGCCGGGCGCGUUUGCAGAUGAAAGCACUGGCUGCACUACAGGACUGCAGAACUACUCCCUGCCCAAAGCACUUUGUUUUUGGUUUGCUUGGCUCCUUUAUAACUUCACCUCUAGUCUUCUGAUCCCCUGGAGUGGUGGCGGAGAGGCGCACAGGGACAUACCCAGUCUUACCCCCCCAUUCUCUGCUCAGGAGGUUGGGUGAUGCCUCCAGGCUCUGCCUGUGAGGAACCGGGCGUGUUUCCUGCAGCGGGGCCGCUGAGUCCUGCUGCCCUGGGCUGGGCGAGAUGCUAAAUGCCAGUGUGGUGCAGCUCUGUGAUAGCGGGCAUCCCAGCACGUGCGCUGGCAGCUGCAGCGCUCCGUGUGCUGUCUCGCUGCAAUUCCUCUGGGAUCAAUCCUGUCGCUGUGACUGAUUGCAGCUACUUAGCUGAAGAGAGCAGCCUAAUUCCCUUAUCUCUCUAUCCCAGCCGGCACCCAAACUCUCUUCUGAGCUGAGAAGCUGGCAGCAGCCCGGGCGAGCUUGGGGCUGGCCCUGCCUCUCCCUUCCCUUUGUGGAAGCUUAGAUUAUGCUGCAGGACGCCAGGGCCCUCUGUUCCCAUCUCUCCUACCUUUGCCCUUUGCACACAAAGGGGCUUUGUCAGGGUUGUCUGGCUCAUAUUGUGCCUCUGUUUGCAAAGUCAGUGUAACUUGAGAGCGCUCAUGCAGGAAGAUCCCAGCUUCCAGCCUCUCCAACAUGCUUGGGAGAGAGACCCCGGCCUGGCUUCAUCUCUGUGUGGGGGCUGUGGUGUGGGGUACGGCCUGGCCGGGGGGGCCAUCUCGUGCCUCGCUGGGAUCAGGGGGAUCGGGGAAGCUCAUCUGCCUUAGUCCUCCUCCUGAGGCUGGGGCUCAGCGCGGAAGGCAGAUUCAUUUUAAAAAUAAAAGGUUCCCAAAGCA